AAAGGAGGAAAGGGGGGGAGUCACCGCGUUGCCAGAAAGACCGCCUGAGGCGGGACUUCCGGGCCGGUGGACGCCUCCCUUUAGGACAUGACGACAGAGUGUCAACAUGCAAGAUGGCGGCCCAUCACCGACAGAACACGGCGGGGCGGCGGAAAGUGCAGGUCUCCUAUGUAAUUAGAGAUGAGGUGGAGAAGUACAAUCGGAAUGGAGUAAAUGCACUGCAACUGGACCCAGCAUUAAACAGACUUUUCACAGCAGGACGAGACUCCAUCAUCAGGAUAUGGAGUGUCAACCAACACAAGCAAGACCCUUACAUAGCAUCUAUGGAACAUCAUACAGAUUGGGUGAAUGAUAUUGUACUCUGUUGCAAUGGCAAAACCUUGAUAUCGGCUUCAUCUGAUACUACUGUUAAAGUAUGGAAUGCACAUAAGGGAUUUUGCAUGUCAACAUUAAGGACUCAUAAGGAUUAUGUGAAAGCCCUAGCAUAUGCAAAAGAUAAAGAAUUGGUAGCAUCUGCAGGGUUGGACAGACAGAUAUUCCUCUGGGAUGUAAAUACGCUAACAGCACUGACUGCCUCAAAUAACACUGUCACAACUUCUUCCCUUAGUGGGAACAAAGAUUCUAUUUACAGUCUUGCCAUGAACCAGAUGGGAACAGUCAUUGUAUCCGGGUCCACUGAAAAGGUUUUAAGGGUAUGGGACCCAAGAACUUGUGCAAAGCUUAUGAAACUCAAGGGACACACAGACAAUGUCAAAGCUUUGCUUUUGAACAGAGAUGGCACACAGUGUCUUUCUGGCAGUUCUGAUGGAACUAUCAGACUCUGGUCACUCGGUCAGCAGAGAUGUAUAGCUACAUAUAGAGUCCAUGAUGAAGGUGUAUGGGCACUUCAGGUCAACGAAGCCUUCACGCAUGUUUAUUCAGGGGGAAGGGACAGAAAGAUAUAUUGCACGGAUUUGCGAAAUCCUGAUAUCCGAGUACUCAUUUGUGAAGAAAAGGCACCAGUCCUUAAGAUGGAGCUAGACCGGUCAGCUGAUCCACCUCCAGCGCUUUGGGUCGCAACAACUAAAUCAUCUGUGAAUAAAUGGACUUUGAAGGGAAUCCAUAACUUCAGAGCUUCAGGAGAUUAUGACAACGACUGUACCAAUCCAAUCACGCCUCUGUGUACACAGCCUGACCAAGUUAUUAAAGGGGGUGCUAGUAUUAUUCAGUGCCACAUUCUCAAUGACAAAAGACACAUAUUAACCAAAGAUACCAACAACAAUGUGGCCUACUGGGAUGUGUUAAAAGCCUGUAAAGUAGAAGACCUUGGGAAAAUGGAUUUUGAAGAAGAAAUUAAGAAACGGUUUAAAAUGGUGUAUGUGCCAAAUUGGUUCUCAGUAGACUUAAAAACUGGGAUGUUGACAAUUACUUUAGAUGAGAGUGACUGCUUUGCCGCUUGGGUCUCAGCAAAAGAUGCUGGGUUUAGCAGUCCAGAUGGAUCUGAUCCCAAAUUAAAUCUUGGAGGGCUUUUACUGCAGGCUCUCUUGGAGUAUUGGCCAAGAACACACAUCAAUCCUAUGGAUGAAGAAGAAAAUGAAAUGAACCACGUGAAUGGUGAGCAGGAGAACAGAGUGCAGAAAGGAAAUGGGUACUUCCAAGUGCCACCACACACCCCAGUUAUUUUUGGUGAAGCUGGAGGACGCACCUUGUUCAGGUUAUUAUGUCGGGAUUCUGGUGGUGAAACUGAAUCGAUGCUCCUUAACGAAACUGUGCCACAAUGGGUAAUUGACAUCACUGUGGAUAAAAAUAUGCCAAAAUUCAAUAAGAUUCCUUUCUACCUCCAACCUCAUUCCUCUUCCGGAGCAAAAACAUUAAAGAAGGAUAGACUGUCGGCCAGUGACAUGUUGCAAGUCCGGAAGGUGAUGGAGCAUGUUUAUGAAAAAAUAAUAAAUCUGGACAACGAGUCGCAGACAACUAGCUCUUCCAAUAACGAAAAAGCUGGGGAACAAGAAAAAGAGGAGGAUAUUGCUGUUCUAGCAGAGGAGAAGAUUGAACUCUUGUGCCAGGACCAGGUUUUGGAUCCAAAUAUGGACCUUCGAACCGUCAAACACUUCAUAUGGAAGAGCGGUGGGGACUUGACGCUCCAUUACCGCCAGAAAUCAACGUGAGCCAAGCAGCAGAGCUAACUGGUCAUGAACUUACUUGAGCUUCCUGUACUGGUUCCAGGUGUAGUGCUCUAGAAGCCUACUGAAACCCUAAGGUAGAUCUGAUACUUCUAAUGCCUCCGUGCAGACCAGAGUCUACUUGAAUUGAAGUGACUAAUAAAUAUGUAAUAUAGACAAAUCUGUAUGACCUAAACUAAAGUCUAUCCUUAUCAAGGUACAAGUGAGAGUGACAGGAGAUGCCCUUGAAUGGUUCCUGGUGUGAGGUGUACAGAGAGACCAGAGGAUCCAGUGCAGAUGUCUUUGAAGGGGGGGGUCUUACUUGGGUUUUUUAUUUCCUUCAUCCACUCAAGCCUGAUACGAAAACACUUUCUCAGCCCUGCUGCUAACUCGUUCACAGUGUAAAACACAAAACAAACAACAGAAAAUCUGCAUGCGCUGUACUUUGUUCAUACAUUCCAUGUAGUAUGUUUUGGCCAUUUUCCCCCCACAGAAAUAGACUUAAAAGAAAAAAAAAUCUGUUGUACAGUUGAGUAGCAAUGUCUCCAGUAUGUAAGCUUGAAGGAGUUAACUCUGUUAGACUCGGUGGUGAUAGUCUUUCAGUUUUUGAAUUUUGGUCAGUACAAUGGUGCAGUGCAUCAUGGUGGAAUAUUUCAACCUCUUUGUCUAGAAUUUUAAAACUAUAACUCGUACAUUCUGUUCUCCUCCCUCUCCCCGUUUUUUCAGGUGGCAUACAGAUCACAAUUUGCAAUUGUGCUCUUUGUUUUGAUGUAUUGGCAAACUAGACCUUUUGCAAUGCUUACCCACAGUUAUGACAGCUAAAAGGAUUUGCAGGUUUCCCCUCCAGUGGUUUUUAAAUAUGUAUUUUUGGAUAAUUUUGUUCACGUUGCAAGCUGUAUGCAGCUUGGCUUUUCCACCGUUUCUAAAAACAUUUCACAGGUUUUUACAUCGUCUCAUUCUAGUCUUAGUAGGGUUUAGCUUGUUACAAAAGUUAAGAGGGGAGGCUUCUCAUGCCCCAGCAAGAAAGGCUGCAUUUGAAAUUAAAAGUAUUAACCAGAACAUAAAGCAUCUUGAUGAUGAAAUAAGGGUGCAAGACGGCUCCUAUUUGCAACAGAAGCACAAGUGCCUUUUCAAGAGGCUGCACAUCCCUCCCAUUAACUUUCUCGCCUACCUUCUGUGUGGUAGCUUUUGGAUGUUUAACUGUGGUCAACAGAACAUCUUGGGUUUGCUCAAUUAUAAGGAGAGCUGAUAGAAGUCCUGGUUCCAUCAAUGUGUUUUCAGUAUGGGAACAACUUUAGUAACUUCGAUAGUUCAGCACCUUGCAAGCACACAGUCUGCUGGCUGCCGGUGCCAGAAACAAGAGUUGUGCCCGCACUGGUAGAAAAUGUCAAACUGUGCUGUAAAAAAAAAAAAAGUUUUAUCCUUGAAAAUUAUCCCUUUAGUCUUUCAUCUCUUCCACUCCUCUCCCCCUCCACUGUGUGCCAGAGACACAAAAUGAGCAUCAUGGCAGCACCUUCUGGACAGUCUGUCCUCUGGCCUUUUUUUUUGUCUCGGUGUGCGGAGUAUCUGUGUAGUGCUGAUUUUUUAUACAAAAUAUCAGGUUGUCCAAGUGACUGUUGUGCUGCAAAUAGAACAUCUGGGUUGGCUCAGGACCCCCAAGACCAACUGCGUUUCAAGCAUCAUGUCACUGCUUCAGCUGGUUCAGAAUAAAACUUGCAUGCAUCUUUUUUCCAUCUUGAAUGUCAUCCGUUUUAUAAAUCCCAUGUGUGUGUGUACAGAUGUCUUGAUGGCCACAUCCGUGCUGCACUGCACAUUUUAGUGAACUUUGAUGAAUCCAUUGGUUGAAUUGAAAUGUAAAUUGUCCUAAAUUGUGACUCCUUACAAGACCUUGAUUCUGACUUUUGUGCUCUCCUUCAUGUUUCUAUGGAAAGUACCUUUAAUUAUAUUCUGUUCCCUUCCGUUCUUGUUCUGUUUUUAAAUCAGCCAAGAUUUUAAGUUUCAUUUUCUAUAAAUUCAAGCCGUAUAGUUUCAGGAAAGAUUGACAGAGGGCCUGCAAUGCCAAAAGGACAAAUGUUGUAUAGAAAUAAAACUCUUUAGCUAACAUUUUAA